GUCGGUCACAGUUCAGACACACAGAGCAAAGAUGGCGUCGCUGAGUGACAAAUCAGUUUGGGAUGAAGUGGAGGAUGGCAUCGGCGAAGAAGUGUUAAAAAUGUCCACAGAGGAGAUAGUUCAGCGAACUCGUCUCCUUGACAGCGAGAUAAAGAUUAUGAAGAGCGAGGUGCUGCGUGUGACCCACGAGCUGCAGGCCAUGAAAGAUAAAAUCAAAGAAAACACGGAGAAGAUAAAGGUGAACAAAACGCUGCCGUACCUGGUGUCUAAUGUGAUCGAACUGCUGGACGUGGACCCCAAUGACCAGGAGGAAGACGGGGCUAACGUAGACCUGGACUCCCAGAGGAAAGGAAAGUGCGCCGUCAUUAAGACCUCCACCCGGCAGACCUACUUUCUGCCGGUGAUCGGGCUGGUGGACGCCGAGAAGCUGAAGCCCGGAGACCUGGUGGGUGUCAAUAAAGACUCCUACCUGAUCCUGGAGACCUUACCUACCGAGUACGACUCCAGAGUCAAGGCCAUGGAGGUGGACGAGCGUCCCACAGAGCAGUACAGCGACAUCGGAGGGCUGGACAAGCAGAUCCAGGAGCUGGUGGAGGCCAUCGUGCUGCCCAUGAACCACAAGGAGAAGUUUGAAAACCUGGGCAUCCAGCCACCUAAAGGGGUCCUGAUGUACGGACCACCUGGCACUGGGAAGACCCUCCUGGCCAGGGCCUGUGCCGCUCAGACCAAGGCCACAUUCCUGAAGCUGGCAGGUCCACAGCUGGUCCAGAUGUUCAUCGGAGACGGAGCCAAGCUGGUUAGAGAUGCCUUCGCCCUGGCCAAAGAGAAAGCCCCAUCCAUCAUCUUCAUCGAUGAGCUGGACGCCAUCGGAACCAAGAGGUUUGACAGCGAGAAGGCAGGAGACAGAGAGGUGCAGAGGACCAUGCUAGAGCUGCUCAACCAGCUGGAUGGAUUUCAACCCAACAUGCAGGUCAAGGUGAUUGCUGCCACCAACAGAGUGGACAUCUUGGACCCUGCCCUGCUCCGUUCAGGUCGUCUGGACAGGAAGAUCGAGUUCCCCAUGCCAAACGAAGAGGCCAGAGCUCGCAUCAUGCAGAUUCACUCCCGUAAGAUGAACGUCAGCCCCGACGUCAACUACGAGGAGCUGGCCCGCUGCACUGAUGACUUCAACGGAGCCCAGUGCAAAGCUGUGUGCGUGGAGGCCGGUAUGAUCGCGCUGCGUCGCGGAGCCACAGAGCUGAACCACGAGGAUUACAUGGAGGGAAUCCUGGAGGUGCAAGCCAAGAAGAAGGCAAACCUUCAGUACUACGCCUGAGGACACUGCCUGUGUCUGUGUUUGUGUAUGAGAGAGUCUUUGAUUAUUCAUUCAGCUGUUGAGGAAACACUUGUUACUUGUUAACUGAUGAUUAAUUUGAGUUAAUAAAAAUAAAUAAAAUGCUAUAACUAA